UGGCUGGGACUGGCCUGGGAGGGGACAGGUGGUGUCUUGGGGCCUCCCAGGGGUGGAGCCAUGAAAGCCCUGUGAUUUGUCAGGGAAAUCUCAGCCACCUGCUGCUUCAUGCAAAUAGGCCCCUGUGCCCCAUCACCACCCCCACAGCUGCUCCGGGGGCCUCUCAUCCCUCCCUGCGUACAGCUGAGGUAUGAGCCUUGUGGCUCCUACCUUCACAGUCCACUAGGACCCCGGGAGUCACGUGAGGAAGUAUGAAGACAGACCCCAGCCCAGGAGCAGGGCCCAGAGCUCUGUUCUCUUUUGUAGUCCUUUCUUUUGUAGUCUGCAAGGCAGGGGCCCAGGGGCCCAGCUUCCCCCUGCAGCCCGUGUCAGCUCCCCCAGCUAGGAUCAGACCCAGGGGCAGCUGGUUGGGGCUUGUCGAGAAAAAGGAUUAUCCAGCUCAGUCCUUCUAAUCUCGGCUUGUGCCUGUACCCUCUUCCCCCACGCCCUCAACGAGGAAACAUGGUUCACGGUGUUGACAACAGGGUCAUUUGUCACCCUUCUGGCCUGGCUCCUGGCCUGCUUGCUGAAGAGGCCCGCACUGCCAAGAUCAUGACCACAAGUUGGGGCUAGGGCCUGGGGGGGGCGGGCCUGGAGCUGCGACAGCUCCUGUUCUCCCCAAACCCAACCAGUAAUCCUCACAGCUCUUCUCUGAUCCGUAGGCCGAUGCUCUUAUCUCUGCUGACAGACUGACCGUGGAGGCACCCCUUUAUGCCCCCCCUUCUUGUGACUGGAUGGGGAGGGGUGCUCUUCUCUGGUUCACAGGCCUGUUCCCCACCCCUCCAGGCUGGCCCAAGUCUCUGGAAGCCACACACCUCCCUCCCUGGCCUCUCCCCCACCCCUGGCAGCUGAUUUCAUUUGCCUGGCGUGGUUGUUGCUGGCCUUACCCUUCCCUGUCAUUCCCCCCCACACCAACCCCUCCCAGUCAGGGCCAGGCCAGGCCAGGCCAGCUCCUCUGGCAGCAGAGGGGGGCAGGUGACAGGCAGGCAUCGCGGCUGAGACAGUGAGGAGGCGCUGGGAAGCGGAAACCUGGGAGAAGUCCAGCCAGAGCCCAAGAACCAGAGCUACCCCUCGACCUGUGCGCCAUGGGGGAGAUGGAACAGCUGAGGCAGGAAGCGGAGCAGCUCAAGAAGCAGAUUGCUGAUGCCAGGAAAGCCUGUGCCGACAUCACUCUGGCUGAGCUUGUGUCUGGCCUGGAGGUGGUGGGACGAGUCCAGAUGCGGACACGGAGGACAUUAAGGGGACACCUGGCCAAGAUCUAUGCCAUGCACUGGGCCACUGACUCUAAGCUGCUGGUAAGUGCCUCGCAGGAUGGAAAGCUGAUCGUGUGGGACACUUACACCACCAAUAAGGUGCACGCUAUCCCACUGCGUUCCUCCUGGGUCAUGACCUGUGCCUAUGCACCAUCAGGGAACUUUGUGGCAUGUGGUGGGCUGGACAACAUGUGCUCAAUCUACAGCCUCAAAUCCCGCGAGGGCAAUGUUAAGGUCAGCCGGGAGCUCUCUGCUCACACAGGUUAUCUCUCCUGCUGCCGCUUCCUGGAUGACAACAACAUUGUGACUAGCUCUGGGGACACCACGUGUGCCUUGUGGGACAUUGAGACGGGGCAGCAGAAGACAGUGUUCGUGGGACACACUGGUGACUGCAUGAGCCUGGCUGUGUCCCCAGACUACAAACUCUUUAUUUCGGGAGCUUGUGAUGCCAGCGCCAAGCUCUGGGAUGUGAGGGAAGGGACCUGUCGUCAGACUUUCACUGGCCAUGAAUCAGACAUCAAUGCCAUCUGUUUCUUUCCCAAUGGGGAGGCCAUCUGCACUGGAUCGGAUGAUGCCUCCUGCCGCCUCUUUGACCUGAGGGCAGACCAGGAACUGACUGCCUAUUCCCACGAGAGCAUCAUCUGUGGCAUCACAUCCGUAGCCUUCUCCCUCAGUGGUCGCCUGCUCUUCGCCGGCUAUGACGACUUCAACUGCAAUGUCUGGGACUCUCUGAAGUGCGAGCGUGUAGGAAUACUCUCUGGCCAUGACAACAGAGUCAGCUGCCUGGGGGUUACAGCUGACGGGAUGGCUGUGGCCACUGGCUCCUGGGAUAGCUUCCUCAAAAUCUGGAACUGAGGCGGCUAGAGCAGCAGGCUCCUCCUCUGCCCCAUCUCCUUAGGAACAGUCUUCUUUACCCCAGGGUCCAUUUCCAGUAAAUCUCCUUUUAAAGCAGGUGGGAUUAUGGGAGUGUGCCUUUGGAAGCACCAGGGACUCAACGGCAAGGAACUACCCCAUUUCCUCCCAUGGCCUCUCCUCUUCAGUCCUCACAGCUUCUCCCUUAAUAAACAACAAUGGGCCCCUUCCCUACCCCGGAGUCCUCCUGGGCUCCCAGUAGCCUUUGUCCAGAGGGAAAUGGCCAGAGUGCAGCCCAGGGCUGUGCAUGUGGCUCCUGGCUCCCUUCCCCCUGGCUCCUUUUCCGCCCUUUUGUUCUCUCAUUACCUAAUAAAAUGUAGCAUCCUGGU